AUGUUCUAUGGUAUCAUUAUGGAUACUGUUCGGGAUGGGAUACUUCGUUCCUAUGGGCCAAUAUUGUGGAAACGUAUUGUCAGCGAAGUACAUAUUCCGUCGGAAACAUUUGAAUUUUAUGAGCGAUAUGAUGAUUCUAUACUUAUAAAUAUUUGUGAUUGUAUGGUAGAGAUUUUGAAUGAUGGGACACGUGAGAGUUUUCUGCAGUUUUUUGGUGCGAACUUUAUUCAUUAUUUUUAUCGAUAUGGAUUCGAUAAGAUUCUUCGAGUAGCUGGUCGAACACUACGUGAUUUUCUGUUUGUUAUUGAUCAAUUGCAUGAUUCCAAUCGGUUUACGUUUCCACAAAUGCAACAUCCGUUGUUCCAUGUUACAGAAGAGGAUAAUCAUGGCGUUAUUCUUCAUUACAAAAGUGUACGCUUUGGACUGGCACAUUUUGCAAUUGGUGGCUUGUCGGCUGUCGCUUCGUUAUUAUUUAAUCAGAAAGAUCUAAAUGUUGUUAUUCAGAAGGAUUUAUCGACUGAUAAAUAUUCGCACAUCAUCUUUCAUGUGCAAUUUGCCAACUAUAAAUAUGAGGUAAAGCGAUUGUUCGAUCUCCCAGUUUUACCUAGUUUAAGUGGUACAACGUUCUUCCGAGUGUUCCCAUUCUCUAUUCUUAUGGAUUCAUCGUUAAAAAUUCAUCGUAUGGGAAAACAUAUCAUGAAAGCAUUUCCUGAUGAUACUCCUCUAAUCGGUCGACCACUCGAUCAAGUUUUUCAACUUAUUCGACCUGAUAUUCACGUCGAAUGGGACAAAAUUCUUUCCUAUGGUCGACACAUUGUCUUUCUCAUGGACAAUCGCCUGCCACUACGUGUGGGACCGACAGGGAAGAUUCGACUCAAAGGACAAAUGAAAUACAUACAGAACAAGAACAUGUUGUGGUUUCUGUGUCAUCCAGUAUUAGAAAGUGCUGAUGAUAUGAUAUCAGCUGGUUUGCAUCUAACUGAUCUGAACUUGUUUGAUAGUACCAGUGAUCUUCUCAUCACUGGUAUUCAUCAAGAACAUCAAUUGGAAGCAACAAUAUUCAAACAACACCUAUGGACGAAAAAGUUACCGACUGUACAAAAGAAGUUGAAUGUUUGUCAUAACAAGAAUCAACGACUACUAUACUCAACUAUGCCGAAACAUAUCGUUCACUUAUUGCAAUCGGGUGUUCGUGCAAAUAGUAUUUGCGAAUGUCAACCACUCGUGACAAUCCUUUUCGUUUACUGUUUGGAUAUAAAAACAAUCAGUGAUCAUCUGAAUGCUGCAGAUGCAAUCACAUGUUUAAACAAAACUAUUGUUUUAUUCGAUACUAUAGCUGAUAAAUACGAUGUAUUCAAAGUUGAAAUCAAAGCCGAUGCAAGUUACAUGUUGGUCGCAGGUAUACAUGACCAAUCGCAUAUGAUUGUAGAAGAACAGCAAAGAAAUCUGUUAUCGACGAAGUUAACGGACGAAUCGUUGGAAGUAGACGAUGAAGAGAAAGAUGAGAUAGAAGAAAUGCACAAUAAAAAUCCUAAUGGACUGAAUUCAACCGAAAUUAUAGCGGCCUUAUCUUUAGAAUUCGUACGUACUAGUGAACAUUUCUACAAUCCGAUAUCCAAAAAGCCAUUUCAUCUAAAGUUUGGUUUUCAUUCGGGUAUGGCUAUCGGUGGUAUUGUUGGCUCGCGAAACUAUCAAUACUGUCUAUUUGGCGAUACUGUUGGAAUAGCAAGUCAAGUUACAACGACUGGCGAAAUCGGACGAAUACAUAUGACUCACACAGCGUAUAGUCAUUUGAUUGAAGAAAAUCGUUAUACAGUUGAACAUCGUGGUCAAAUUAAUAUUAAAGGAAAAGGUCUAACAGAUACCUAUUGGUUAACUGGUUUAAAUGAAAAAUCAUCAAAAGUAUCGAUCAAUUCAGAUUCAACAACACUGAAAUGUCCAUUCAGUAGUCCAGACUUAACAUUUCGAUAG